AGGUAGAAAAGUGACUCCCUUCCACUCCGCUAGGUCGGUUACCGCGAGUAUAAUAACGUUAAAAGAGAUCUAGAAUGGAGACUGUUGAGCAGCUCGUGUCGUUUAACCAUAUCCCAGUCCAGUUAAACGGAGGCACGCCUUGGGGGUUCACGCUGAAAGGAGGUCUCGAGCACGGAGAACCGCUCAUCAUCACUAAAAUCGAGGAAGGUGGUAAGGCAGAACAAUGUAAGAAGCUGAGAGUGGGUGAUGAACUGGUGAAUAUAAACGGAUCAGCACUCUACGGUUCAAGACAGGAAGCUCUUAUACUCAUCAAAGGAUCCUACCGGAUACUAAAGAUCACCGUACGCAGACGCAGUGUACCUGUGAUCAGGCCUCACUCGUGGAACCUGGCCAAGCUUUCAUCAACGGAGUCCCCCCACAGUUCUACCCCUGUCCCCCCUCCUACCCCCCCUUCCCCCCCAUCUGCCAUGCAGCUCCAUCCUGGGCCCUACACACUACCCUGGCACUCUACAGCAGACAACAGGUAA